GACGUAGCCGCUCCAGCGUUCAAGAAGCGCUCCAACAAAUCCACCACCAUUCGCAAGCGACCCGCCACCCCUCCUCCAGAAGACUCCGCCUCGGACUCCGACUACACAGACGAUGAAGCCGGUGUGCGAAUCAAGAGGCGAAAGAAGGAAGGCGUCAACAUCGCCGGCGCAACUGUGAGGGCGCCACAAGACUUUGCCAAAUCCACCAAAUACCAGGCCGAUCGCUCGGCCACCAUUGCCGCGAAUGACGAUGCCACCAAGACGUCCAACUGGUAUACCGAGGCCGCCAACGCCGCCGAUGCAGCGCGCGCCACUGCUCGUGCGCAAAGAGAAGCAAAGGAAGACUUUGAGUCGAAUGGCGCCUACAAGGGCUCGGGCAACUACUCCAAUUACAUCCAAAAGCAUCCCGAUGCUGCGAGUAGACAAGUAGGGCCGGUCAAAGCCCCGACGAAUGUUCGCACCAUCAUCGUCACCGAUUUCGCCCCCGAUGUGUGCAAGGACUACAAACAGACUGGUUUCUGCGGCUUUGGCGAUAACUGCAAAUUCCUGCACGCGAGAGAGGAUUACAAGCAAGGCUGGCAGCUCGAUAAAGAAUGGGAGAAGGCGGGCAAGAACAAGGGGCCCGGAAAGACGGAUGGUGCGGCCAAGGAGAUGGACGAGGAGGAGAAGCAGCUGGAGAAUAUCCCUUUUGCAUGCGUCAUUUGCAAAGAACCUUAUAAGAUGCCCGUCGUUGUGACGAAGUGCGGCCAUUACUUUUGCGAAAAGUGUGCCAUGGGGCGGUAUGUGAAGGAGAAGAAGAGAAGCUGCGCCGCGUGUGGCGUCGAUACAGGUGGCACAUUCCACAUUGCGAGGAAGGUGAAGGAGUUGCUGGAGAAGAAACGGAAGAGAGAAGAGGCCAGGGCGGCGGAGGAGGGCGAGAAGGGCGAGGGCGAA